AUGUGCUACAUCUGGCUCUGCGAACGCAGGGAGAUCGAGAGGGCCCUGAAGUACAGCUUCGAGGUCAACCAGCCGCAGUUCAUGAACUUCAGUGACGUGACGCUGCGAGUGGCCGUGAACCGCCACUUGCCGGACGAAUCUCAACAGUGGCCCGACGACGAGAUGGUGUGCAUGCAGCGGGCCGUGUUUGUCCGCUUCCGGCAGCAGCAUCUGGCGGACCCCGCCAAGGCUUCCGCCUUCAAGUCGUACGCCGGAGCCUACCUGGUCUGGUACCUCGCACCCUACUCGUCGCCCUACCUUACGCGCUCGCUGAUGACCGACAUGGGUGCCCAGGGCCAAGAAACGGACUUCGUUCGCCAGAGAUGCUCGAGCCUUGUGCAGAACACGCUGACGCUUGCCUUCUGGAAAGCCAGGCAGGAAAAGGUCACUCGGGUAGCAAGGAAGGUCGCGUUCGAGGCGUACGCGUCUCUGCGCUCUAUCUUGCUGACCAUGGUUGCCCGUUACGACACUGAUGUGGCCGAGCACAUGUCCGACUUCAUCGAGACCCUCUCACUGAACGUUUACAACAUGUCGCUCGGAUGGGACGUGCUGGAGAGGAUCUACCGGUUCGUGCCGACAGCGCGCGGAACGUUUGUUCAGAUGUACGAGGAGCUGGAAAAGUACAAGUCGGCCCUGUUACGGCGAUCGAUUCGGAGGCCCAACAGCAGCUACGUGUACGUGCCGCAGUUAUCCGAGGUGCGCGCCUACCGACUGCUCGCGGCUCGAGAGAUAUAUGUGCCCCUCUCGAGCCAGCUGUGGCCGCUCUUCGACGUCGACUACCCGCUGCCGGUGCUCAUGGCUGGCUUCGGAUGGCACACUGCGCGCGGCCUUGUUGAGAUGAUAUACUACACCUACUUUGUUGACAGCAACUUCCAGAAGAUUCCAAAUGAGCGGAACGUAUUCCCUGCGCCCCUGAGACACGCCAUGGAACACUUCCAGGAGGAUCUGCGGGGAGCUAUUCGGCGAAGCGAGAACACAACGCUGCCGGAGGCCGAACUCGACAGCGCAACCAUCGAGGCUAUAGCCCUCCUCCUCGCUCACACAGCAUCCAAAGCGCCUACACAGAAUACCACUGGCACAGCUCCUCCGCCUGAACCCGAGAGACACAGGUGCGUUGAAAGCCCUCCUAGAUACGGCCCGGAUGAUUGGGCAAGCAACAGUCAACAGGCGUACUUCGCGGACAUCCCGUCCGAGCAGCUGUUCUUCCUGCUCAGCUGCUUCCGCCAGUGCAACCAGAAGCCCGGAAUGCUCCAGCGACUUCAUUGCAACCAGCUUCUGCCGAGGCUCCCGGGGUUCAACGAUGCCUUCGACUGCAAGCCAGGCGACCGCAUGUUUGUCGGAAAGGACGAUUUGUUGAAGCGGCGCGCGGCCAGAGAGACUUACCGUUACAACAGCAGCUCUUGCGAUGUCGGCAGUGCGGCUACAGUAGUGUGA